UGAGAGUCCGGCAGAGGUGGGAUGCCGCUCACUGAUGGGAAAGCACCUUUAACCUCCCAGGCGGAAGGGCCGCGGCUGCUCUUUCUUGGCCCAUCCCAAAAAGGACAGUGGGCCUCAGAGCAGUAAGGCAACAGAAUGCCCCCCGGGGUGGACUGCCCCAUGGAGUUCUGGACCAAGGAGGAGAGCCAGAGCGUGGCUGUUGACUUCUUGCUGCCCACGGGGGUCUACCUGAACUUCCCGGUGUCCCGAAAUGCCAACCUCAGCACCAUCAAGCAGGUGCUGUGGUAUCAUGCACAGUAUGAGCCUCUCUUCCACAUGCUCAGUGACCCUGAGGCUUAUGUGUUCACCUGUGUGAACCAGACAGCCGAGCAGCAGGAGUUGGAGGAUGAGCAGAGGAGGCUGUGUGACAUCCAGCCCUUCCUGCCUGUGCUGCGCCUGGUGGCCCGAGAGGGUGACCGCGUAAAGAAGCUUAUCAACUCCCAGAUCAGCCUUCUCAUUGGCAAAGGUCUCCAUGAGUUUGAUUCCCUGCGGGACCCAGAAGUGAAUGACUUCCGCACCAAGAUGCGCCAGUUCUGUGAGGAGGUUGCUGCUCACCGCCAGCAGCUGGGCUGGGAGGACUGGCUGCAGUACAGCUUCCCCCUGCAGCUGGAACCCUCGGCACGGAGUUGGCGGGCUGGCGUACUCCGUGUCACCAACCGAGCCCUGCUGGUGAAUGUGAAGUUCGAGGGCAGUGAGGAGAGCUUCACCUUCCAGGUAUCCACCAACGACAUGCCCCUGGCACUGAUGGCCUGCGCCCUCCGAAAGAAGGCCACGGUGUUCCGGCAGCCUCUGGUGGAGCAGCCCGAGGACUACGCACUUCAGGUGAAUGGGAGGCAUGAGUACCUUUAUGGCAACUACCCGCUCUGCCAGUUUCAGUACAUCUGCAGCUGCCUGCACAGCGGACUGACGCCCCACCUGACCAUGGUCCAUUCCUCCUCCAUCCUUGCCAUGCGGGAUGAGCAGAGCAACCCUGCCCCCCAAGUCCAGAAACCACGCACCAAACCUCCCCCAAUCCCUGCUAAGAAGCCAUCCUCUGUGUCCCUGUGGUCUCUAGAGCAGCCAUUCUGCAUCGAGCUAAUCGAGGGCAGCAAGGUGAAUGCGGAUGAGCGGAUGAAGCUGGUUGUACAGGCCGGGCUCUUCCAUGGCAAUGAGAUGCUAUGCAAGACCGUGUCCAGCUCAGAGGUCAGCGUGUGCUCAGAGCCCGUGUGGAAACAGCGGCUGGAGUUCGACAUCAACAUCUGUGACCUGCCGCGCAUGGCUCGGCUCUGCUUCGCGCUCUAUGCGGUCGUGGAGAAGGCUAAGAAGGCACGUUCUACAAAGAAGAAGUCCAAGAAGGCGGACUGCCCCAUCGCCUGGGCCAACCUCAUGCUAUUUGACUACAAAGACCAGCUCAAGACUGGGGAACGCCGCCUCUACAUGUGGCCCUCUGUCCCAGACGAGAAAGGAGAGCUGUUGAACCCUUCGGGUACAGUGCGCAGUAACCCCAACACGGAGAGCGCUGCAGCCCUGGUCAUCUUCCUGCCUGAGGUGGCUCAGCACCCUGUGUACUUCCCUGCUCUGGACAAGAUCCUGGAGCUGGGGCGUCACGGAGAGCGUGGACGAAUCACGGAGGAGGAGCAGCUACAGCUGCGGGAGAUCCUGGAGCGGCGGGGGUCUGGGGAGCUGUACGAACACGAGAAGGACCUGGUGUGGAAAAUGCGACAUGAAGUACAGGAGCACUUCCCAGAGGCCCUGGCCCGCCUGCUACUGGUCACCAAGUGGAAUAAACAUGAGGAUGUGGCCCAGAUGCUCUAUUUGCUGUACUCCUGGCCCGAGCUGCCUGUGCUGAGCGCCCUGGAACUGCUAGACUUUAGCUUCCCUGACUGCUACGUAUGCUCCUUCGCCAUCAAGUCCCUGCGGAAGCUGACGGAUGAUGAACUUUUCCAGUACCUUCUGCAGCUGGUGCAGGUGCUCAAAUAUGAGUCCUACCUGGACUGCGAGUUGACCAAAUUCUUGUUGGACCGAGCCCUGGCUAACCGCAAGAUUGGCCACUUCCUCUUCUGGCACCUCCGCUCUGAGAUGCACGUACCAUCAGUGGCCCUGCGUUUUGGCCUCAUCAUGGAGGCCUACUGCAGAGGCAGCACCCACCACAUGAAGGUGCUGAUGAAGCAGGGGGAAGCACUGAGCAAGCUCAAGGCGCUGAAUGACUUCGUGAAGGUGAGCUCGCAGAAGACCACGAAGCCCCAUACCAAGGAGAUGAUGCAUAUGUGCAUUCGCCAGGAGGCCUACAUGGAGGCACUGUCACACCUGCAGUCCCCACUCGACCCCAGCACCCUGCUGGAGGAAGUCUGUGUGGAGCAAUGCACCUUCAUGGACUCUAAGAUGAAGCCAUUGUGGAUCAUGUACAGCAGCGAGGAGGCGGGCAGUGCUGGCAGCGUGGGCAUCAUCUUUAAGAACGGGGACGACCUCCGCCAGGACAUGCUGACUCUGCAGAUGAUCCAGCUCAUGGACGUCCUGUGGAAGCAGGAGGGCCUGGACCUGAGGAUGACCCCCUAUGGCUGCCUCCCAACUGGAGACCGCACAGGCCUCAUUGAGGUAGUCCUGCACUCGGACACCAUCGCCAACAUCCAGCUGAACAAGAGCAACAUGGCAGCCACAGCCGCCUUCAACAAGGAUGCCCUACUCAACUGGCUCAAGUCCAAGAACCCGGGGGAAGCUCUGGACCGAGCCAUCGAGGAGUUCACCCUCUCCUGUGCCGGGUACUGUGUGGCCACGUAUGUGCUGGGCAUCGGUGACCGACAUAGUGACAACAUCAUGAUCCGAGAGAGUGGGCAGCUGUUCCACAUUGACUUUGGCCACUUUCUGGGGAACUUCAAGACCAAGUUUGGAAUCAACCGUGAGCGAGUUCCCUUCAUUCUCACCUAUGACUUUGUCCACGUGAUUCAGCAGGGGAAGACCAAUAACAGCGAGAAAUUUGAACGGUUCCGUGGCUACUGUGAACGGGCCUACACCAUCUUGCGGCGCCACGGGCUGCUCUUCCUCCAUCUCUUCGCCCUGAUGCGUGCUGCAGGUCUGCCUGAGCUCAGCUGCUCCAAAGACAUCCAGUAUCUCAAGGACUCUCUGGCACUAGGCAAGACGGAGGAAGAGGCGCUCAAACACUUCCGGGUAAAGUUCAACGAAGCCCUACGGGAAAGCUGGAAAACCAAAGUGAACUGGCUGGCACACAAUGUGUCCAAGGACAACAGGCAGUGAGAGGCCUCUUCUCUCCUGUUCUCCAGUGGUUCCCUCCUGGCUCUCAACCCUAGAGGGAACCGGUCAGUGCCGGGACCAGGCAUGCUCGGUGGUCAUCAAAGAGGCCCCAGCACCGAACUGCUCCUCAUGGGGACGAACCACACGGUUGCCUCCCGUUUACACUGGUUAUUUAUUUAUGACUCGAAACGUUUAAGGGACAAAACAGCCAUAAACAGAACUGUGUUUGUGGAGGGGCGGGGCGCUGUCCUUGAGACACCCCUCACCCCCCACCCGUCAGCACUGUAAGCAGCGCCUUGAGGAUUGCACCCCCAGUCUUCCAACCUGCGGAUCUUAGCCGGCAAAGACAGUUCCUCCUGGGGCCUUCUCCCCAGGCUCUCCAGCAGGCUGCCUGGGGCAAGUCUGGUGGCAGUCAUCUGGUGCCUCCCAUCCAGACAGAACACCUCAGUCCCCAACUCACCUCUGCCACCUUUGGGUGGCCCACCUUUGGCGACAUCUACCAACCAAGCCUCAGGCAGCUCCCGAGGAAGCCAGAAGCCAGGGCACCCUCUACACUCAGGCACACUUGCUCUGCACUGUUUAAGUGACCUCUUGGAUACGGGGACACCCUCACCUUUUAUUUUCGGGUAAGAAAAUGAUAGCCAAACUAUGUACGGAACUCUACAGCCGGGGAGAAGGACCCGCCCACCCCCCCAUGUCUUGUUAUGUGCCAGGCCUCAACACUCAGAAACUGUCGGCUGAUUUAGCUCAGUGCUGUCACAAGUCAAGGCAAAGGCAAAUCAGAAUGGAGUCCUGAGCAGUGAGUGCGGGCCACACCCAAAGGCAGCUUUGUGAAAGGGAAGGGUGAUCUCUCCUAGAGCUGUAGUCCCGGCCCACCCCACUCCCCAUAGGCAGCUGGGGAGCCAGGUCUCCAGUGAGAGCAAGGGUGAGGGCCCAAGAAACCCAGAGUAGUCAAGGGCUUUUAUCCUUGAGAAGGAAUGGGUCAGAGUGACUCUAGAAACGCAGGUCUGACCCUCUUCCCGGGCUUCCCAAGCCAUGCUGGCACUGGAGCAGGCACCUGGGCUUUUAGAAGCUCAGGAUUGAUCUGGGAACAGCAUGUCCUUACUGUGCCAUCCCCAGCACAUCUUGAUGUAUCGAUUGCCACCUCAGGACCUGGCUCUCUUGGUAGCAUUCUGAGACCUGCAGUGUUGACAGCAGCCCAGACCAUGGUUCAAGGGAGCCAGCUGCCCGCUCCCCCAUGGUGAUGAGCUGAGGGUCCAGCAGCAGACUGAACCUCCUCAGAGUAUGUGUUUAGCCCAUAGUAGCUGAAGCCCUGUCCGCCCCAGCAAUUCUGAUAGGAAACGAGUGUGUGUGUGUGUGUGUGCGUGUGCGCACGCAUGUGUGCAUGUGAAGUUAUUUAUUGAAACGAGUCUAGGUGCUCUCCAGUGUGGUUGCAGACUGCACACGCUCAGCCUUUGAGUUAGGUGUAUGGUCUGUGCACCUGGCUGUAAGAAUAUUUUCUAUUUUUUUAAGUCAUUUUGUGUUUGUGUGGGGAAAGUGGAUUUCCUUUCGUUGAUGAGUGCUGAGACAUUUGUGUGACCUUGCCAUAACAGGUAAAGACAGGUGAAAAGAAAUAAAACCCUUUUUAUGUUCUUACA